CCCCCCACUUUCUCUCUCUCUCUCUCUCUCUCUCUCUCUCCCAAAAGGCCCCUAAAACCAAACCCUAGAAUCACAAAACCAGUUAAAAGCCCCACAACGCUCCUAGGGUUUCCAAAAUGAGCCCAAUUCAGAACUUCGAGCAGCAUGCUCGCCGUCUGAUCGAGCCUGACCUCAUGCUGACAGCCCGCCUUCAGAUGGCAAUGGAGGUUCGGGAUGGCCUCGAGAUCGCCCACACGUCGGAGUACCUCAACUUCCUCAAGUGCUACUUCCGGCCUUUCUCGACAAUCCUGACGCAACUGACGUCCCCGCAGCUAUCUGACACGACGGAGCACAAGCUCCGGAACGUGAUCGUUGAGAUACUCAAUCGGCUCCCCCACACUGAGGUCCUUCGCCCCUUUGUCCAGGACCUCCUCAAGGUCGCCAUGCACGUCCUCACCACCGACAACGAGGAGAAUGGCCUCAUCUGCAUCCGCAUCAUCUUCGACCUCCUCCGCAACUUCCGCCCCAGCCUCGAGAACGAGGUCCAGCCGUUCCUCGAUUUUGUGUGUAAGAUCUACCAGAACUUCAGGGCCACUGUUGCCUACUUCUUUGAUGAUGUGGCGGGCGCCAGCGGAGGGGGCUCCGGCAACAUAGGGAGCAACAGCGGUGGUGUAGUUGUGGAAGAUGUGAAGAUGCCACUGAUGUCUUCGUCAGACGGUCUUGGUCCAGGUCCAGGCCCCACGGGUGGGUAUGCGGGUGGCACUGGGCAGCUUAAUCCGAGCACACAGCUUAACCCUAGCACAAGGUCAUUCAAGAUAGUCACUGAGAGUCCAUUGGUUGUGAUGUUCCUCUUCCAGCUUUAUGGGCGGCUUGUGCAGAUCAACAUUCCUCACCUGCUGCCACUGAUGGUUGCAGCCAUUUCAGUGCCUGGUCCUGAAAAGGUCCCUCCACAGUCGAAGAACCACUUCAUUGAGUUGAAGGGUGCACAGGUUAAGACGGUUUCUUUUCUGACUUACCUUCUGAAGAGCUUUGCUGAAUAUAUCAGGCCACAUGAAGACAGCAUCUGUAAAAGCAUAGUGAACCUGCUUGUUACUUGUCCUGACUCAGUUUCCAUUCGAAAGGAAUUGUUGGUAGCUUUAAAGCACGUUCUUGGUACAGAUUUCAAGCGGGGUCUUUUCCCUUUAAUUGACACGCUGCUGGAAGAGAGGGUUCUAGUGGGAACUGGACGGGCAUGCUUUGAAACAUUGAGGCCUUUGGCUUACAGCCUUCUUGCAGAGAUUGUUUAUCAUGUUCGAGGGGAACUUUCUCUCUCACAGUUAUCAAGAAUUAUUUACUUGUUCUCCAGAAACAUGCACGAUUCAUCAUUGUCCCUAAGCAUACAUACUACUUGUGCUCGCCUAAUGUUGAACCUGGUGGAGCCCAUAUUUGAGAAAGGUGUAGAUCCACCAGCUAUGGAUGAAGCGAGAAUUUUAUUGGGUAGGAUUCUGGAUGCUUUUGUAGGGAAGUUUGGCACCUUCAAGCGUACCAUUCCUCAGCUGCUAGAGGAAGGCGAGGAAGGAAAAGAUCGUUCCACACUGCGGUCAAAGCUUGAACUUCCGGUCCAGGCGGUUCUAAAUUUGCAGGUCCCGUUGGAGCAUUCCAAGGAAGUCAAUGAUUGUAAACAUCUAAUUAAGACUUUGGUUAUGGGAAUGAAGACAAUAAUUUGGAGCAUCACUAAUGUUCAUUUUCCUCGAGGACAGGUUCCACAGUCAUCUAAUUCAACACUUACACAGAUGCAAGUGUCACCUUCAUCAUCUCAUGCGGCACUUCCUCUGGUUCAGGUAUCACCAUCAUCGCAUGCAGCACACCCGCAAGUGCAGGCUUCCACAUCAUCACAUGUGUUUAAAGGGAUGCGAGAAGACGAGGUUUGGAAAGCUUCUGGUGUUCUGAAGAGUGGUGUCCAUUGCCUGGCUCUCUUUAAAGAAAAAGAUGAGGAGAGGGACAUGCUACACUUGUUUUCCCAGAUUUUAGCAAUAAUGGAGCCUCGAGACCUAAUGGACAUGUUUUCUAUGUGUAUGCCAGAACUGUUUGAGUGCAUGAUUAGCAACACCCAAUUGCUUCACAUAUUUAGUACGCUUCUGCAAGCACCAAAGGUUCUUCGGCCCUUCGCAGAUGUUUUGGUGAAUUUCCUUGUCAGCAGCAAACUUGAUGUUCUGAAAAAUCCUGAUACACCAGCUGCAAAACUUGUUUUGCACCUUUUUCGGUUAUUAUUUGUUGCUGUUGCUAAAGCACCAUCAGACUGUGAACGUAUUCUGCAGCCACAUGUACCCGUUAUCAUGGAAGUUUGUAUGAAGAAUGCUACUGAAGUUGAAAAACCACUUGGUUAUAUGCAACUUCUUCGCACAAUGUUCCGUGCACUCAAUGGAGGAAAAUUUGAACUUCUGUUGCGAGAUUUAAUACCAACAUUGCAACCAUGCCUGAAUAUGUUAUUGGCCAUGGUUGAGGGACCUACUAGUGAAGAUAUGAGGGACCUCGUGCUUGAACUUUGCCUAACCUUACCCGCACGCUUAAGUUCAUUGCUUCCGCACCUUCCUCGUAUGAUGAAGCCCUUGGUCUUGGCUUUAAAAGGAAGUGAGGACCUAGUUAGCUUAGGUCUAAGGACACUUGAAUUUUGGAUUGACAGUUUGAAUCCUGAUUUCCUGGAACCAAGCAUGGCAAAUGUGAUGUCUGAGGUAAUUUUAGCUUUAUGGUCUCAUUUGAGGCCUGCUCCAUAUCCAUGGGGUGGGAAAGCACUGCAACUCCUUGGCAAGUUAGGUGGUCGUAAUAGACGCUUCCUUAAAGAGCCUCUUGCACUUGAGUGCAAAGAGAACCCUGAGCAUGGGCUCCGGUUGAUUCUUACAUUUGAGCCAUCAACACCAUUUUUGGUCCCUUUGGAUCGUUGCAUAUACCUGGCUGUAGCUGCUGUAAUGCAAAAUAAUGGUAGCAUGGAGGCAUUCUAUAGAAAGCAAGCUCUAAAAUUCCUACGCGUGUGCUUAUCAUCUCUGCUAAAUUUACGAGGAAAUGUAACGGGUGAGGGGGUAACGAACGGGCUUCUAUCAACGUUGCUAGUUUCUUCAGUGGACCCUUCCCGCCGUCGGACAGAAACAUCAGAGAUGAAGGUUGACUUGGGAGUAAAAACAAAGACCCAACUUAUGGCUGAGAAAUCUGUUUUUAAGAUUCUCUUAAUGACCACAAUUGCAGCAAGUGCAGAAACAGAUCUCCAUGAUCCCAAGGAUGAUUUUGUUGUCAAUGUUUGCCGCCAUUUUGCUAUGAUUUUCCAUGUAGAUUAUUCUUCAUCGAAUUCUUCCAUUGCUACCGGGCAGCUUGUGGGUUCCAUGCUUGCAUCAUCUAGUAACAUGACUUCCAGAUCAAGGAGUGGUGCUGGUUCAAAUUUGAAAGAGUUGGACCCGUUGAUAUUUUUAGAUGCAUUAGUGGAUGUUCUUGCUGAUGAAAACAGACUCCAUGCUAAGGCUGCUCUGAAUGCUUUAAAUGUGUUUGCUGAAACACUUCUUUUCCUUGCUCGUUCGAAACACACGGGUGUCCUAACUUCAAGGGGAGGUCCUGGUACUCCGAUGAUGGUUUCUAGUCCAUCAAUGAAUCCUGUGUAUUCGCCACCCCCGGGUGUUCGAAUUCCUGUAUUUGAGCAGCUUUUGCCUCGUCUUUUGCAUUGUUGCUAUGGAAGUACAUGGCAAGCACAAAUUGGAGGUGUCAUGGGACUUGGCGCUUUGGUCGGUAAAGUUACCGUUGAGACAUUAUGCAUUUUCCAGGUUAAAAUUGUUCGUGGCUUGGUAUAUGUGCUUAAAAGACUUCCUUUACAUGCUAGUAAGGAGCAGGAAGAGACAAACCAAGUGCUUACACAGGUCCUUCGUGUAGUGAAUAAUGUUGAUGAAGCAAACAGUGAACCUCGCAGGCAAAGCUUCCAGGGAGUUGUUGAAUUUCUUGCCACGGAGUUGUUCAACUCUAAUGCAUCUAUGAUAGUGAGAAAGAAUGUCCAAUCUUGUUUGGGGCUUCUGGCUAGUAGGACGGGCAGUGAAGUGUCUGAAUUGCUUGAACCUCUGUAUCAACCUUUGCUUCAACCACUUAUUAUGCGGUCACUCAGAUCCAAGAAUGUUGAGCAGCAGGUUGGGACUGUCAUGGCCUUAAACUUCUGCUUGGCCUUGAGACCACCUCUUCUUAAGCUGAGUCCAGAACUGGUUAACUUCUUGCAAGAGGCGUUGCAAAUUGCGGAGGCUGAUGAAACUGUAUGGGUUGUAAAGUUUAUGAAUCCUAAAGUGGCUACGACACUAAACAAACUGAGGACAGCUUGCAUUGAAUUGCUUUGUACGGCAAUGGCUUGGGCAGAUUUUAAAACACCAAAUCAUUCUGAAUUGCGUGCGAAGAUCAUCUCGAUGUUUUUCAAGUCGUUGACUUGCCGAACACCGGAAAUUGUUGCAGUUGCGAAGGAAGGACUACGGCAGGUUAUUCAGCAGCAAAGGAUGCCCAAAGACCUUCUUCAGAGCAGUCUCAGGCCGAUUUUAGUUAACUUGGCACAUACAAAAAGCCUCACCAUGCCUCUCUUACAAGGUUUAGCUAGACUGCUUGAACUUCUUUCCAACUGGUUUAAUGUUACUUUGGGUGGAAAGUUAUUGGAGCACUUAAAGAAAUGGCUUGAACCUGAAAAGCUUGCACAAUGCCAGAAGUCAUGGAAGCCUGGUGAGGAACCAAAGAUUGCAGCGGCCAUUAUUGAGCUUUUUCAUCUGCUCCCUCAAGCAGCAGGGAAGUUUUUAGAUGAUCUUGUGACCAUAACUAUGGAUUUGGAAGGAGCGCUCCCCCAAGGACAAUUUUAUAGUGAAAUUAACAGUCCUUAUCGCCUUCCCCUCACUAAAUUUUUAAAUCGAUACGCAACAGAUGCUGUGGACUAUUUUCUUGCUCGGUUGGGCCAACCCAGAUACUUCAGACGGUUCAUGAAUAUAAUUUGUUCAGAUGCCGGUCAAGCUUUACGAGAAGAACUUGCAAAGUCACCACAGAAGAUACUUGCUAGUGCUUUUCCACAGUUCUUUACAAAACUAGAAGGAUCCAUGAACCCUAGUGCUUCUUCAAUGAACAAUGAGGGCCUUGUUGCAUCUCAAACUGACAAUUUUACUGGUGCAGCACCUGCAACAAUGGGUGCAAGCUCAGAUGCUUAUUUUCAGGGGCUUGCUCUUAUUUCAGCCAUGGUUAAGUUGAUGCCCGACUGGUUGCAGUCUAACCGUGUUGUUUUUGACACCUUAGUACUUGUUUGGAAAUCACCUGCAAGAAUUGCAAGAUUACAAAAUGAACAGGAGUUAAGCUUGGUGCAAGUAAAAGAAAGUAAAUGGCUUGUCAAAUGUUUUCUGAAUUACUUGAGACAUGAUAAAUCGGAAGUCAAUGUUUUGUUUGACAUGCUAUCAAUAUUCUUGAUCCAUACCCGUAUUGAUUAUACUUUUCUAAAGGAGUUUUAUAUCAUUGAGGUUGCUGAAGGCUAUGCUCCGAAUAUGAAGAAAACACUUCUCUUGCAUUUCUUGCAUCUCUUCCAGUCAAAACAAUUGGGACAUGAUCAUUUGGUUGUUACAAUGCAAAUGCUCAUUCUUCCAAUGCUAGCACACGCUUUCCAGAAUGGCCAAAGUUGGGAGGUUGUUGACCCUGCUAUUAUCAAAACAAUUGUUGACAAACUUCUUGAUCCUCCUGAAGAGGUAAGUGCUGAAUAUGAUGAACCUUUGAGGAUAGAACUAUUGCAGCUUGCCACAUUGCUUUUAAAAUAUCUACAAAAUGACCUUGUUCAUCACCGCAAGGAGCUAAUUAAAUUUGGCUGGAACCAUCUCAAGCGAGAAGAUAGUGCAAGUAAACAAUGGGCAUUUGUCAAUGUUUGCCACUUUUUGGAGGCCUAUCAAGCUCCUGAAAAGAUUAUACUCCAGGUUUUUGUUGCUCUUUUGAGAACUUGCCAACCAGAAAACAGGAUGCUGGUCAAACAGGCUCUUGAUAUAUUAAUGCCUGCACUACCACGUAGAUUGCCUCCUGGGGAUUUUCGGAUGCCAAUUUGGAUUCGUUACACCAAAAAAAUUCUGGUUGAGGAAGGUCAUUCAGUUCCUAAUUUGAUCCACAUUUUUCAGCUCAUUGUUCGGCAUUCAGAUCUCUUUUACAGUUGUAGAGCACAGUUCGUUCCUCAAAUGGUUAACUCUCUCAGUCGCCUUGGAUUGCCCUACAACACUACUGCAGAAAAUAGGCGCCUUGCCAUUGAACUUGCUGGGUUAGUUGUAGCCUGGGAAAGGCAAAGACAAAAUGAGAUGAAAGUAGUGCCAGAUACGGAGGGCCAUAAUCAGGCUGGUGAUGUAUUUACUGCAGGCUCUGCUGGUGGUGAUUCAAAGCGUCCACCAGAUGGUUCUGCAUUUCCUGAUGAUCUAAGUAAGAGAGUAAAAGUUGAACCUGGUCUCUCAUCAUUGUGUGUCAUGUCUCCUGGUGGAGCAUCGAUCCCUAACAUUGAAACUCCUGGAUCUACUGGCCAACCUGAUGAAGAAUACAAACCUAAUGCCGCAAUGGAAGAAAUGAUUAUCAAUUUUCUGAUAAGAGUUGCUUUGGUCAUCGAACCUAAGGAUAAUAAGGAAGCGAGUUCCAUGUACAAACAAGCAUUGGAGCUACUAUCACAAGCUUUAGAGGUGUGGCCAAAUGCCAAUGUUAAGUUCAAUUAUCUGGAGAAGUUGCUGAGCAGUCUUCAGCCUUCUCAAUCAAAGGACCCUGCAACCGCUCUGGCACAAGGUUUGGAUGUCAUGAAUAAGGUCUUGGAGAAGCAGCCGCAUUUGUUUAUACGAAACAACAUCAACCAGAUUACUCAAAUACUCGAGCCCUGUUUCAACAGUAAAAUGUUGGAUGCUGGAAAGUCACUUUGCUCUUUAUUGAAAAUGGUCUUCACAGCAUUUCCCCUAGAAGCAGCUAAUACUCCACCAGAUGUGAAAAUGCUGUAUCAAAGGGUUGAGGAUCUCAUACAGAAGCAUCUUGCUGCCGUGACUGCUCCUCAGAUAUCACUUGAAGUUAGCUCUGCCAAUUCAAUGAUAAGCUUUGCUCUUUUUGUUGUGAAAACAUUGACAGAGGUGCAGAAGAAUUUCAUAGAUCCUUUUAUUUUGCCAUUGGCUCGUGUUCUUCAACGUUUGGCACGGGACAUGGGAUCAUCUGGAGGUUCUCAUGCAAGACAAGGUCACCGAAUAGAUCCAGAUUCAGCUGUCAGUUCUUCACGUGCAGUUGGUGACAUUGGGUCAGUCACGUCAAACUUGAAAUCCGUCUUGAAACUUAUCAGUGAAAGGGUUAUGCUUGUUCCUGAAUGUAAACGAUCAAUCAGCCAAAUACUUCAUGCAUUACUCUCAGAAAAAGGCACAGAUGCAAGUGUGCUUCUAUGCAUACUUGAUCUAAUAAAGGUUUGGAUCGAAGAUGACUUCAGGCCUGCUACGUCUGGUGCGUCAAGUGCCCUUCCCAGUCAGAAGGAGAUAAUUGCUUAUCUUCAGAAGCUGUCACAGGUUGACCGGCAAAAUUUCUCCCCGGGUUCUCUGGAAGAGUGGGAUAGGAAAUAUCUUCAGCUUCUUUAUGGUAUAUGUGCUGAUGCUAGCAAAUAUCCACAUAACAUCCGGCAAGAUGUGUUCCAGAAGGUGGAAAGGCAGUUCAUGCUUGGUCUAAGAGCAAAGGAUCCUGAAAUUAGACAGCGGUUUUUCUCACUUUAUCAUGAAUCCCUUGGGAAAACAUUGUUCCAAAGGUUACAAUUUAUCAUCCAAGGUCAGGACUGGGAAGCUCUAAGUGAUGUUUUCUGGCUGAAACAGGGGCUUGAUCUUCUACUAGCAAUUUUGGUCGAAAAUGAACCUAUUACACUUGCUCCAAACUCUGCACGAGUGCCCCCACUCAUGGCAUCAGGAUCUCUUCCAGAGCGUUCUGGGAUGCAGCAGCAAUCCUCAGAUGAUCCAGAGGAUUCUGAAGGAGGCACUCUUACAUUUGGUAGUCUUGUUUGCAAACAUGCCCUGUUCUUGAAUGAGAUGAGCAAGCUUCAGGUGGCAGAUCUUGUGAUUCCUUUGAGGGAAUUAGCACACACAGAUGCCAAUGUUGCAUAUCAUAUGUGGGUAUUAGUGUUUCCAAUUGUCUGGGUUACUUUACAAAAGGAAGAACAGGUAGUUUUGGCUAAGCCAAUGAUAGCCCUGCUAUCAAAAGAUUACCAUAAGAAGCAGCAGGCAAGUAGGCCAAAUGUCGUGCAAGCUCUUCUAGAAGGCCUCCAUUUGAGCCACCCUCAACCACGAAUGCCGAGUGAGCUUAUCAAAUAUAUUGGAAAGACUUACAAUGCAUGGCAUAUUUCAUUAGCUCUUCUUGAAAGCCAUGUCAUGUUGUUCAUGAAUGACACAAAGUGUUCUGAAUCACUUGCUGAGCUUUAUCGGUUACUCAAUGAAGAAGAUAUGAGGUGCGGAUUGUGGAAGAAGAGAUCAAUAAGUGCAGAAACAAGGGCUGGUCUUUCAUUAGUUCAGCAUGGAUACUGGCAGCGUGCUCAAAGCCUCUUUUAUCAGGCAAUGAUUAAGGCAACCCAAGGUACCUACAACAAUGCAGUUCCUAAGGCUGAAAUGUGUCUUUGGGAAGAACAAUGGCUCUACUGUGCAAGCCAACUAAGUCAGUGGGAUGUGUUAGUGGAUUUUGGAAAAAGUGUUGAAAACUAUGAAAUACUACUCGACUGUCUUUGGAAGAUUCCUGAGUGGGCUUAUAUGAAGGAUCAUGUAAUUCCAAAGGCUCAAGUCGAAGAAACACCAAAGCUUCGUCUGGUACAGGCCUUUUUUGCUCUGCAUGAAAGAAAUGCAAAUGGUGUUGGGGAUGCUGAAAACAUAGUGGGUAAAGGUGUUGAGCUUGCUUUAGAACAGUGGUGGCAAUUGCCUGAAAUGUCUGUUCAGUCUCGAACACCUCUUUUGCAACAAUUUCAACAACUAGUUGAAGUUCAAGAAUCAGCAAGAAUUAUAGUGGACAUUGCUAAUGGAAACAAGCAACUUUCAGGAGGUUCUGUCGCAGGUGUUCAUGGUGGGUAUAUGGAUCUUAAGGACAUCCUUGAGACCUGGAGACUUAGAACUCCCAAUGAAUGGGAUAAUUUGUCAGUAUGGUAUGAUUUGCUCCAGUGGAGAAAUGAAAUGUAUAAUGUUGUGAUAGAUGCUUUCAAGGAUUUUGCCACCACCAAUCCACAACUUCAUCACCUUGGUUACCGUGACAAAGCAUGGAAUGUCAAUAAGCUUGCUCAUAUAGCUCGCAAGCAAGGACUCCAUGAUGUUUGUGUAGCAAUACUAGAGAAGAUGUAUGGCCAUUCGACCAUGGAAGUACAGGAAGCAUUUAUUAAAAUAAGAGAACAAGCGAAGGCUUAUCUGGAGAUGAAAGGAGAAUUGACCAGUGGUCUUAAUUUGAUCAGCAGCACUAAUCUGGAAUAUUUCCCUGUAAAACACAAAGCAGAAAUCUUUAGACUCAAAGGAGAUUUCUUGCUGAAGCUAAAUGAUUGUGAAAAUGCCAAUCUUGCAUAUUCCAAUGCCAUCAGCCUCUUUAAACAUUUGCCUAAAGGAUGGAUUAGCUGGGGAAAUUACUGUGACAUGGUAUAUAAAGAAACACAUGAGGAAGUAUGGUUAGAAUAUGCUGUGAGUUGUUUUCUUCAAGGCAUCAAAUAUGGUGUUUCUAAUUCUAGAAGUCAUCUAGCUCGUGUUCUGUAUCUUCUUAGCUUUGAUACCCCAAAUGAACCUGUGGGAAGAGCAUUUGAUAAGUACUUAGAGCAGAUACCACAUUGGGUUUGGCUUUCCUGGAUACCGCAGCUAUUGCUUUCCUUGCAAAGGACAGAGGCACCUCAUUGCAAGCAAGUUCUAUUGAAAAUUGCUACAGUAUAUCCACAGGCCCUAUAUUACUGGCUACGUACAUAUUUACUGGAACGUCGGGAUGUUGCUAGUAAGUCCGAAAUUGGAAGGAACUUAGCAAUAGCUCAGCAUCGCAUGCAACAAACUGUCUCUGGGACCAGCACUGGUACUCUUGGCUUGGCUGAUGGAAAUGUGAGAGCACCCAAUCACUCUGGGAGUACUUUAAACUCGGAUGGUCAGGUUCAUCAAGGCCCUCAAGGAGGUGCUGUUAGUAGCUCUCAUGAUGGUGGAAAUUCUCAAGGACAAGAACCUGAAAGGUCUACAGUUAUAGAAGGUGGUAUCCAUGCUGGACAUGAUCAACCCUUGCAAAGUUCUUCCAACCUUCCUGAAAAUGGUCAAGGCACAUUAAGGCGUGGUAGUGGGCUUGGUUGGGUAGCUUCAGCUGCCAGCGCAUUUGAUGCUGCAAAGGAUAUAAUGGAGACUCUUAGAAGCAAGCAUUCUAAUUUGGCUAGUGAGCUUGAGGUUUUGCUCACAGAAAUCGGUUCGAGAUUUGUUACACUGCCAGAGGAAAGACUUCUAGCAGUGGUGAAUGCGCUGCUUCAUCGCUGUUACAAAUACCCAACUGCUACUACUGCUGAGGUUCCUCAAUCUCUCAAGAAGGAACUUUCUGGUGUUUGUAGGGCUUGCUUUUCAGCAGAUGCUGUGAACAAGCAUGUUGAUUUUGUAAGAGAGUAUAAACAGGAAUUUGAGCGUGAUCUCGAUCCAGAGAGCACGACAACUUUCCCUGCUACUCUCUCUGAAUUAACUGAGCGACUGAAGCACUGGAAGAAUGUUCUUCAGAGUAAUGUUGAAGACAGAUUUCCUGCCAUCUUAAAGCUGGAAGAAGAAAGUAGGGUUUUGCGUGAUUUCCAUGUUGUAGAUGUGGAGGUCCCAGGACAGUAUUUCACAGACCAGGAACUUGCUCCUGAUCAUACAAUAAAGUUAGACAGGGUUGGGGCAGAUAUACCAAUCGUGAGACGGCACGGUAGCAGUUUCCGCCGACUGACUCUCAUAGGUUCUGAUGGCUCCCAGCGCCAUUUCAUUGUUCAGACUUCAUUGACCCCAAAUGCUAGAAGUGAUGAGCGCAUACUGCAGCUCUUUCGUGUGAUGAACAGAAUGUUUGACAAGCACAAGGAAUCCAGGCGCCGCCAUCUAUGUAUCCACACCCCAAUAAUUAUCCCCGUUUGGUCUCAGGUCCGAAUGGUAGAAGAUGAUUUGAUGUACAGCACCUUCCUUGAGGUCUACGAGAUCAACUGUGCACGGCAUAAUCGAGAAGCAGAUCUCCCAAUCACUCAUUUCAAGGAGCAGCUCAACCAAGCCAUCUCAGGCCAAAUAUCUCCAGAAGCAGUUGUAGAUCUUCGUCUGCAGGCAUAUAAUGACAUUACAAGAACUCUUGUCAAUGACAAUAUAUUCUCCCAGUACAUGUACAAGACUCUUCCAAGUGGCAACCAUCUUUGGGCUUUCAAAAAGCAAUUUGCCAUCCAGCUUGCACUUUCCAACUUCAUGUCUUACAUGCUACAAAUUGGGGGGAGGUCCCCGAAUAAGAUUCUGUUUGCCAAAAACACGGGCAAAAUAUUUCAAACUGAUUUCCAUCCAGCUUAUGAUGCAAACGGAAUGAUUGAAUUCAAUGAACCGGUGCCUUUCCGGCUGACAAGGAACAUGCAGGCUUUCUUUUCCCAUUUUGGCGUAGAGGGUCUAAUCGUGUCAGCCAUGUGUGCUGCAGCACAGUCUGUGGUUUCACCAAAACAAAGUCAGCAUAUAUGGCAUCAGUUGGCUAUGUUUUUCCGAGAUGAGCUUCUAUCGUGGUCAUGGAGGCGGCCUCUGGGAAUGCCUUCAGCACCAGUUGCUGCAGGUGGCAUCAAUCCAUUGGAUUUCGAGCAGAAGGUUACCACUAAUGUGGAGCAAGUUAUUGCCCGUAUUAAAGGAAUUGCCCCACAGUACUUUUCUGAAGAGGAGGAAAACAACACAGAUCCGCCCCAGUCCGUCCAAAGGGGUGUGACUGAUUUGGUUGAAGCUGCUUUAUCCCCUAGGAGCUUGUGCAUGAUGGAUCCGACAUGGCAUCCAUGGUUCUGAUAACUUAAUUCGCAAUGUAAGAAUUGAUCUGGACAUCCAAACACCAGCUGUAUGGUUAUUUUUUGUUUGAUGGGAUACAUGCAGGGGUGGUGUAUAGCGUUCCUUGUAAUUAUGUAUAUAUCAUUGCAUGGUCCUCAAUCUUGCUGGUCACUGAAAUUAUACUGCACAAGUCCUGAAAGCUGAUCCAAAGCUGACUGUUGAAGCAUAUACCCUGUGGGAUCACCAUUGUUCCUCGGAUGUACUGUCUAAAUGUCAAUGACAUUGUGGAAGAUUUUUUUUUAGUUCAAAAUGCAUUGAGCUCUUGCCACAGGA